AUGGCAACUAACUSGGUGUUAUGUCAGAAAAUAAAUUUUAAUAAAAAUGAAUUAUUUGUGAUAAUUGACUUAUCCGAGAAAAAACAUGACACUAAUUAGCAAUUAAUCAGGACCAAAUUUUUACAAGUGUCAAUAAUGCGUAUUAUCAAUCGUUGUUUGCACUUUUUCAAGAUUCCUGACAAAAAACGUGAAUAUUUCGCUAGAAAACUCGUAGGUUUCUCAACCAGUCAAAUGUACAAGGUAGUGGCUGAUGUAAAAAAUUACAAGAAGUUUGUUCCUUUCUGUACAAAAUCUGUGAUCUUAUCUCAAGAACCGUCAGUUUUACGGGCGAAUCUAGAAGUUGGGUUUCCCCCAGUUAUCGAAAAUUAUACCUCAGUUGUGUCACUACGUGAACCAGAACUAGUCAGUGCUGUUUGCAGGGAUGGGAGAUUAUUUCAUGUCCUGGAGACGACUUGGAAGUUCAGUCCUGGCCUUCAGAGCAACCCCCAGAGUUGCAUUAUAGAUUUCUACAUCAAUUUUGAGUUUAAAUCAGCCCUUUAUUCAAAAUUAGCCAUAUUCUUCUUUGACCAACUAGUCCACCAAAUGGAAGAUGCGUUUAUWAAGGAAGCACAAAGACGAUAUGGGAAAGAAUCGUUACCAGUCCACCCUCUUGAACCUGUGAAGAGCUGACAUCAGUUUAUUUAGUUUGUUAUUGKUUUAKAAUUUUAUUGCCGUUUUAAUAAAUUAUUUUUUAUUUAAA